GACAUAGUCGAGCGUCACACUGAUCCCGACACUCUUCUAUCCUGCUCUCGCGUCUAUGAGGCACUUUGUCUUGAUGAGUUGAGUAUAUCAGCCAAAUGUCAGACAGUUCGAGCAACUUUACUUGACCGACUCAGUGAGCUGUAUCGAGGGUCUUUCCUUAACUACUUCAACGAGGCCGGCGAAGAGCCUGACGUCGAUGAUGAAUUUCAUCUGUUCUCGGCUCUGAAGCGCAUUUAUGCAUUCUUCUGGUAUGCGUAUCAUGUUUAA